AUGCACUAUCGUAAAACCCAUGAGGUCAAAAACAGAAAAGUCCCAUCUGUAAUUGAUAUCCCUCAUGAGUUUAUUGUGCAGUUGACUUUGGCUGUGGAGAAUGUUGAAAAAAAUGGCUUGUCAAUAGCAUCAGGUGAGUUUCGAACAGCAAUAAACGUAAGAAAUGGAAGUUUCUGUGGUCUGCGGUGUGUUGCAUAA